CUUUUAUACGUUUCUCCUUCUCCUUCAUUUCUUCCAUACUAGUAUGCUUGGGUUUGGUGUGAUUGAGUCUUCUUCCGAUUCCCAAUACUGCUUCUACACGAAUUUUGAGAAGAAUUGUACUAUUCUUAUUUUGGGAAUACUUAAUUAUGCUAUUUCAGAUUGAUCUCAAAUUGAAUUGUUGUUUGACAAAUAGCUAGGUUUCGGAUUUUCUUCUCGCAACUAAAUUCAUUGGAACGAAGAGAAUGCAGCAGGAUUCUGUGUCUGAACAGGAACCCGACGAUUCUGAAUCUGAACCAGAGUUUGUCGAGCUCGAUCCUUCUGGUCGAUACGGCCGGUACAAGGAGGUUUUGGGAAAAGGAGCUUUCAAGAAAGUUUACCGAGCAUUUGAUGAAUUGGAGGGGAUUGAAGUAGCUUGGAACCAGGUUAAAUUGGCCGAUCUCUUGAGGAAUGCUGUGGACUUGGAGCGUCUUUAUUCUGAAGUUCAUUUGCUUAAAACCCUCAAGCACAAGAAUAUAAUCAAAUUCUAUAACUCAUGGGUUGACUCAAAGAAUGAGAAUAUCAACAUCAUUACUGAAAUUUUCACUUCCGGGACUUUAAGACAGUACCGUAAAAAACAUAAGAGGGUUGAUAUCAGAGCACUUAAGAAUUGGUCUAGGCAGAUAUUGGAGGGUCUCUCAUAUCUACAUGGUCACGACCCUCCAAUUAUUCAUCGGGAUCUUAAGUGUGAUAACAUUUUUAUCAAUGGUAACCAAGGGGAAGUUAAGAUUGGUGACUUGGGACUCGCUGCUAUUCUUUGCAAGGCUCGUGCUGCUCAUAGUGUCAUUGGUACACCAGAAUUCAUGGCGCCAGAACUUUAUGAAGAGGAAUACAAUGAGCUAGUAGAUAUCUAUGCCUUUGGCAUGUGCCUGCUGGAGCUUGUGACUUUUGAAUAUCCUUAUGUUGAGUGUGCCAAUGCUGCUCAAAUAUAUAAGAAAGUGACAGCAGGAAUUAAGCCUGCCUCAUUGGCAAAAGUGAAGGAUCCAAGUGUUAAAACCUUCAUAGAAAAAUGUAUUGCGGAAGCUUCUGAGCGGUUACCUGCUAAAAAACUAUUGGAUGACCCCUUUCUCCUUUCUGAUGAGGAUUCUGGAAACGUAGAUCGAUCUUUGAGCUUCAAUUCCAGACAUGCAGAUAUGAGUGAUGAUCAGUCUGAUAGUGGAAGAAGUACAAAGGACCCUUUGCCUGAAGGAGGCAGAGAUUUCACGGUGCAGGGCCAAAGAAAGGACCUAAAUACAAUAUUUCUUAAACUUCGAAUAACUGAUUCAGCAGGUCAUAUUAGGAACAUUCACUUCCCCUUUGAUAUUGAAGUUGAUACGGCGAAUGCCGUUGCUAGUGAAAUGGUCGAAGAGCUGGACCUGACAGAUCAGGAUGUUUCAGCAAUAGCAGAAAUGAUUGAUUCUGAAAUUCGGUCAUAUAUCCCAGAUUGGGCACCAAGAGAAAACUCUAGCAAUCACAUUACUGAUGAAGUUGCUCCCGAUAGCUGUACUUCUGGAGUCCGAGAUGAUGCUCCUCCCUUAACAAUUGAUCCUGCUAAUUCGGGUAGGCUUGUGUUGGAAAGACUCCCUUCAGGUCGAAAAUACUGGUCUGAUUCACCGAAAACAACCAGUAAUGGCAGCUCUCCACUCAGACAGGGGCCUUCAAACACGUCACUGACCGAUUCACCAACUCGUGAAGGUAGUUGGACAGAAGAAAAUGAAGAAUCAUCUGUUAUCCUGAGAGAAGGAGGGAGUUCACAUGUUGCUGCCUUACUUGGACACGAAGAUUAUGAAUCUGAGACUUACAUGGAUGAUGAUGCCAGUGUUCACCGUGAUUCUGACUUUGGUGACAAUGAUCAUUCUGCAGAUCUUAGUUAUGCUAGCGGGCUUCAUUCAUCAGAGGAAAGAAAUAACAUGAUCAGCAACAACUACUCAGCUGAUAUCAGACAAAUCACCAAGGAACUCGAGAAGCUGCGUGAUCUGCAGCAAAAGGAGCUAAACGAUCUCAAAAAGAAACAUGACUCGGCUAUCUCAGAUCUUCUAAGCAAGCUUCCUCCUGAGAUCCGUGGCAUUUAUGGUCAAAAUAUAUCUUCCCAUAAUUUGCAUUGCUGAUGUCCUGAAAACUCAAGUUCCUUUGUAAAGAUGCAAGUUGCUGUUUUGUCUUUUGCCACUCAAGUGUUGAGUUAUUCUUUGAUUGUACCAAUGACCUGACUGACCCUGAGAAGCUAGAGGGGAUAAGCAUGGACGUAUGUUUAGAUACAGAUUCAGCUCUAUCAAGGUUUAAAUCAGUUCAGGGUCAGGAAUUGAGGUAAUAUUGAAAGAGGAGACAGGGAAGCGAUGCGUCAAAGAUUGGUGACUCCAUUUGCUUUAUUAGUUAUUCGCACUUGCUUGCUUGUACGCUUAUGUAUAAUGCGUCUGCAAGUCAUGUUGCAGCUAAAACUAGGACCUUCAAUUUCAUGAAUUGUAUACUUGUACAUAUUUACCUCAGUAUUUAGCUAUUGAAAAUGUCGAUUGAAAUUAUUAAAGUUUUCUUUAAAAAAAUUAUCAUUGGUGUUCGUUAAAUCUGUAAAGAGAUACAGUAAUAUUUAUUUGAAUAAUUAUUUUCUA